CGACCCCCGACCUCCCGCGCACCACGCACCCGGCCCGCUAGGCCACCCAGCCCGCUAGGCUACCCGGCCGCGCCCCUCGUCUGCUCGCUCGCCUCGUCCUCUCGCUCGACUGCCGCCGGCGGGCUCCGGAGACCCCGCCGGGGCUGAGGCUUCUGGCGAGCGGGCGUCGAGGGCCCGGCUGCGGCCUCCUCGCCAUGUCCUCGGCCCGCGACGCCAGCGAUCACUACCCCCUGCAUCGCCUGGUCUGGAACAACGACUACCGGCAGCUGGAGAAGGAGUUGCGGGACCAGAAUGUGGAGGCUCUGGAUCCACGAGGUCGAACCUUAUUGCAUCUUGCUGUGUCUUUGGGACAUUUGGAAUCUGCUAGAGUCUUGCUUCGACAUAAAGCAGAUGUUACAAAAGAAAAUCGCCAGGGAUGGACAGUUUUACAUGAGGCUGUGAGCACCGGUGAUCCCGAGAUGGUAUACACAGUUCUUCAGCACCGAGACUACCACAACACAUCCAUGGCCCUCGAAGGCGUUCCUGAGCUGCUCCGAAAGAUUCUUGAGGCUCCAGAUUUCUAUGUGCAGAUGAAAUGGGAAUUCACCAGCUGGGUGCCCUUGGUUUCCAGGAUAUGCCCGAAUGAUGUCUGCCGCAUCUGGAAAAGUGGUGCCAAACUGCGUGUCGAUAUCACAUUACUGGGAUUUGAAAACAUGAGCUGGAUAAGAGGGAGGCGUAGUUUUAUAUUUAAGGGAGAAGACAACUGGGCGGAGCUGAUGGAAGUCAACCACGAUGACAAAGUGGUCAUGACUGAACACUUUGACCUCUCUCAGGAGAUGGAGCGCCUCACUCUAGACUUGAUGAAGCCAAAAAGCAGGGAAGUUGAGAGGCGGCUCACCAGCCCAGUCAUCAACACCAGCCUCGAUACUAAAAAUAUUGCAUUUGAAAGAACUAAAUCCGGAUUCUGGGGCUGGAGGACAGAUAAAGCAGAAGUUGUUAAUGGUUACGAAGCAAAGGUUUACACAGUAAAUAAUGUGAGUGUGAUAACUAAAAUACGGACAGAACAUCUGACCGAGGAAGAAAAAAAGAGAUAUAAAGCGGACAGGAAUCCAUUGGAAUCUCUGCUGGGGACUGUGGAACACCAGUUUGGUGCUCAAGGGGACCUCACCACAGAAUGUGCCACUGCAAACAACCCCACAGCCAUCACGCCUGAGGAGUACUUCAGUGAAGAGUUUGAUCUGAAAGAUAGGGACAUUGGAAGGCCUAAAGAGCUGACGAUUAGAACACAAAAGUUUAAAGCAACGCUGUGGAUGUGUGAAGAGUUUCCUCUGUCUCUCGAGGAGCAGGUCAUUCCCAUCAUUGACCUGAUGGCCAGAACAAGCGCUCAUUUUGCAAGACUGAGAGAUUUCAUCAAGCUGGAAUUCCCACCGGGAUUUCCUGUCAAAAUAGGUACCGUUAAAUGAACCACAGGAACACUUGUAGGUUCUGCUCAUUAUUGUGGGUGAUAGAAUAUGCUUCAGGGAAUUGCAGCACUUGAGACACAGAGUAAUAUAUAAUAGACAAGGAGGAGGAGGUCAGAAUUAUUCUGCAGUCUGAUGUAAAGAAGUGUCAUGAUUCUUGGUUCAGGUUGGGGAUUUGCAUAUCAAAAUUAGGAAACACCAACCAUCAGUUCUAUUUAUAGGCAGUCCUGAUAGAUGUAAAAAGGCAUAAAAAUAUGAUAUAUUCAUUGUUUUAAUGUCAAACCUUAUUUAAGUCAAACUUCAAAUUAGAUAGUUAUUUGAGGCAGAUAGUUGACAGCAAGAUCCUCUGAUACAUAAAUGUUUUCAGGCCCGGACUAGUAUGCAUAAUACCAUGUAUAACAGAUAAUACUCACGAGGAAUUUUCAUUUUGGAUUGUUGUAGACUCAUGAAACUUGAACCCUGGCUCAUUA